AAUGAAGGUGCAAUUCUUUAUUGUUUUUUAGUGCUUUGUACUCCUAGUGCAUGUACAACGGGGAAGAAGAGCGGAAUGACUGUAUCUUAGAGGCAGAGAACGAAGGCGAUGGGAGGAGGGCACCACGAGAACUCACGGAGAAGCGUCCAUCCAGCGCCCAAGAGCGACGGGCAGCAAUGAUGAGGACACGCGGCUCCAGAAGCACCGAACGCGCAGUUCCCGCGCGGCGGAGGCCGGGCCGCACCGGAACGCACCGGUGAAGGGCUGCGGGAGCGUCCCCGGGAAGGAGCGCGGGGAGCCCGGUCACGUCCUGCACCCUAACCCGCUCCUUCCUCCCUCGGCACUCUCAUUACAAGAGCUGCUCACCCCUCGCUCCUCCCGUCAGGCGGAGCCCCGGGGGCUUUUCGUCAGGGGAGACCGCAGCCAGGGGAAGGACGGCAGAUCCUCUGUGAGGGAGCCUCUUGCCCUACCCCCGGCGGAGCCCCCCCUCAGGGGCAGGUGACACUUCCCAUGGGAGCCUUCGUCUUCUUCCUCCUCCUCCCCCCCCCCCCUCCUCCUCCCCCCCCCCCCUCCUCCUCCUAGCGCUAGUGGCCCGGAAGGGAAGCCCUGCCCCUCCUCCUUCAACCCGUUUCCAGGUGGCAGCAGCCAUCUCCGUACCUCCCUCUUCGCCGCCUCCCGCGGGUCUACUCCACCUGUAGCGCGCCCGCGGGGCGGGCAGAAGGCGAGCGCUCCCCCGCCUGCCCGCUUCCCUCCGCCCGGCUGGGGCACAGCCGCCGCUUCCUCCCGCUCCGCAGCCGUGCGGCUGCGGCCCUGACGUCGUUUCCUUCCAACAUGGCGAGGGCAGGUUGUUGCUGCUGCCGCUGCCGCCGCCGCCGCUACUACCGGUGCUAAUGGAGGCGGGUGCGGGCCGGGGGCGGCUCAGGGACUGAGCGCGUCGCGGGCGCCGUCCGCGAUCCCACGCAGCGGGGGGAGGGGGGGGGUAAGGAAAGAGAAGGCUUCGUCCUCCCUCAGCCGCGGGGGUUGGCUGUCGCCGCCGCCCGGGCCCACCCCAGCCGCCCCGCGGGGGGAGCCGCCGACGGGGCAUCGGGACGCCGCGGCUCUACCUCUGAGGGAGCCCUUCCCCCACGCUUGGCUCGGCCUGCCCCGGCCCCUCGCAGCCCUCCCCCGGCGGGAGCGGCCGGUGCCCCGCUUUCCAUUCCCCACCCCACCCCUCCUCCUCUCCCGGCUCGAUCGCGCCCAUGUAUGAAGGGAAGAAGACGAAAAACAUGUUCCUGACCCGGGCCCUGGAAAAGAUCCUGGCCGACAAGGAGGUGAAGAAGGCGCAUCACUCCCAGCUGCGCAAAGCCUGCGAGGUGGCCCUAGAGGAAAUAAAGGCUGAAACAGAAAAGCAAAGCCCCCCUCAUGGAGAAGCAAAGCCUGGUUCAAGCACUCUUCCACCUGUGAAAUCAAAGACAAGCUUCAUUGAAGCAGACAAAUACUUCUUACCAUUUGAAUUGGCAUGCCAGUCGAAGUGUCCCAGGAUUGUCAGUACAUCUCUAGAUUGUUUACAGAAACUUAUAGCAUAUGGGCACUUGACAGGGAAUGCUCCAGACAGUACAACUCCAGGCAAAAAAUUAAUUGAUAGAAUUAUUGAGACAAUAUGUGGCUGUUUCCAAGGCCCUCAAACAGACGAAGGGGUUCAGCUACAAAUAAUAAAGGCUUUGCUCACUGCAGUAACAUCUCAACACAUAGAAAUCCACGAAGGAACAGUGCUACAGGCUGUAAGAACAUGUUACAAUAUCUAUCUAGCAAGCAAAAAUCUUAUAAAUCAAACCACAGCCAAGGCCACUCUAACACAAAUGCUGAAUGUCAUUUUUGCACGUAUGGAAAAUCAAGCACUUCAGGAAGCAAAACAGAUGGAAAAGGAAAGACACAGACAGCAACACCAUCUACAGCAGUCUCCAGUAAGCCAUCAUGAGCCUGAGUCACCUCAGUUGAGACAUAUUCCAACACAGACUGAUCAGCUGUCUAAAGAACAUGAGAGAGAGCUUGAUCACAGCACAAAUGAUGUGGACAAGAACCUUCAAGAAGAUAUAGAGGCAGAAAAUGGAUCUGAUAUUUCUAGUGCUGAAAAUGAACAGACAGAAGCUGACCAAGCCACAGCAGCAGAAAGUAAUCAGUGUGUAUUUCUCUUUUGUGGAGGGGAGGGAAAAGAUCUUUCUAAAUCUGAUGGAGGAACAUAUGAUGGUGAAAGCAAUGAGUGUGAAGAGAAGGCGCAAGAAAUUGUAGAAAGUAUUGUGCAGGAAAUGGUGAACAUAGUAGUUGGAGAUGUGGAAGGGACUGCUGAAAGUGCAGGUGGUGAUGGUACAGUUGUAACGUUAGAGGAUGGCAGUGACAGUGAAAACAUUCAGGCAAAUGGAAUUCCAGGGACUCCAAUUUCUGUUGCUUAUACACCAUCUUUACCUGAUGACAGAUUAUCUGUCUCUUCCAACGACACUCAGGAAUCUGGAAAUUCUUCAGGACCUACCCCUGGUGCUAAGUUUUCCCACAUUUUACAAAAGGAUGCCUUCCUUGUAUUCAGGUCACUUUGUAAACUCUCCAUGAAGCCCCUGUCAGAUGGACCGCCAGAUCCAAAAUCUCAUGAACUGCGAUCAAAGAUUCUUUCAUUGCAGUUGCUUCUGUCCAUUCUGCAAAAUGCAGGACCUGUCUUCAGAACAAAUGAGAUGUUUAUUAAUGCUAUUAAGCAGUACCUUUGUGUUGCACUGUCAAAAAAUGGAGUCUCAUCAGUUCCAGAAGUUUUUGAACUUUCACUUUCCAUAUUUCUUACCCUCCUCUCGAACUUUAAGACUCAUCUAAAGAUGCAGAUCGAGGUUUUCUUCAAAGAAAUAUUCCUGUAUAUCUUGGAAACCUCUACUAGCUCGUUUGAUCAUAAAUGGAUGGUUAUACAAACGCUGACCAGGAUAUGCGCAGAUGCCCAGAGUGUUGUUGACAUCUAUGUGAACUAUGAUUGUGAUUUAAAUGCAGCAAAUAUAUUUGAAAGGCUGGUUAAUGACCUAUCAAAGAUUGCUCAAGGAAGGGGUAGCCAAGAACUUGGCAUGUCCAAUGUUCAGGAAUUAAGUUUGAGAAAAAAAGGAUUGGAAUGCUUAGUAUCGAUCUUGAAGUGCAUGGUGGAGUGGAGUAAGGAUCAGUAUGUAAAUCCCAACUCUCAGACAACACUUGGCCAAGAAAAACCCACAGAACAGGACAGCAAUGAAACCAAACACCCUGAGACAAUUAACAGAUAUGGAAGCUUAAACUCCUUGGAUUCUACUGCUUCAUCUGGAAUUGGCAGUUAUAGCACACAGAUGUCUGGCACUGACAACCCAGAGCAGUUUGAGGUCCUAAAGCAACAAAAGGAAAUAAUAGAACAAGGAAUUGACUUAUUCAAUAAGAAACCAAAGAGGGGGAUUCAGUACCUGCAAGAACAAGGAAUGCUUGGCACUACCCCUGAAGAUAUUGCUCAGUUCUUGCAUCAAGAGGAAAGAUUAGAUUCAACUCAGGUUGGGGAGUUCCUGGGAGACAAUGAUAAAUUUAACAAAGAAGUCAUGUAUGCAUAUGUAGACCAACACGACUUCUCAGGAAAAGAUUUUGUUUCAGCUCUGCGUAUGUUUCUAGAGGGAUUUCGUCUUCCAGGAGAGGCUCAAAAAAUUGAUCGCCUCAUGGAGAAAUUUGCUGCUAGAUAUUUAGAAUGUAAUCAAGGGCAAACUCUUUUUGCUAGUGCAGAUACUGCGUAUGUUUUAGCUUAUUCAAUUAUCAUGUUGACAACAGAUCUUCACAGUCCACAGGUUAAGAAUAAAAUGACAAAAGAACAGUAUAUUAAAAUGAAUAGGGGUAUCAAUGACAGUAAAGAUCUCCCUGAAGAAUAUUUGUCUGCUAUAUAUAAUGAAAUAGCUGGAAAGAAGAUUUCAAUGAAAGAAACAAAAGAAUUAACAAUACCCACAAAAUCCAGUAAACAAAGUGUUGCUAGUGAAAAACAGAGAAGACUUCUAUAUAACUUGGAAAUGGAACAAAUGGCUAAAACAGCUAAAGCACUUAUGGAGGCAGUGAGCCACGUUCAGGCACCUUUUACUAGUGCAACACACCUGGAGCAUGUGAGACCCAUGUUCAAGUUGGCAUGGACACCCUUUCUGGCUGCAUUCAGUGUGGGUCUGCAGGACUGUGAUGACACAGAAGUCGCCUCUCUUUGUUUGGAGGGUAUACGAUGUGCGAUCCGCAUUGCUUGCAUUUUCAACAUUCAGCUUGAAAGAGAUGCCUAUGUCCAAGCAUUAGCAAGAUUUACGUUACUUACAGUGAGUUCUGGUAUUACUGAAAUGAAGCAGAAGAAUAUUGACACAAUUAAAACUCUCAUCACGGUGGCGCAUACAGAUGGAAACUAUUUAGGAAAUUCCUGGCAUGAGAUUCUGAAAUGCAUCAGUCAACUUGAACUGGCACAGUUAAUAGGAACUGGAGUAAAACCCCGCUACAUCUCAGGGACAGUGCGUGGCAGGGAAGGUUCUUUUACUGGAACAAAGGAUCAGGCACCUGAUGAAUUUGUGGGGCUGGGACUGGUUGGUGGAAAUGUGGAUUGGAAGCAGAUAGCAAGUAUUCAGGAAUCCAUUGGUGAAACUAGCUCCCAAAGUGUUGUCGUUGCUGUAGACAGAAUAUUUACGGGAUCUACAAGGUUGGAUGGAAAUGCUAUUGUGGAUUUCGUUCGCUGGCUUUGUGCUGUAUCUAUGGAUGAACUGCUGUCUGCUACCCACCCUCGAAUGUUUAGUCUGCAGAAGAUAGUAGAGAUUUCUUACUACAACAUGGGCCGGAUAAGGCUACAGUGGUCUAGAAUCUGGGAAGUUAUUGGAGAUCAUUUUAAUAAGGUUGGCUGCAAUCCCAAUGAAGAUGUAGCUAUUUUUGCAGUAGACUCAUUAAGGCAGUUAUCAAUGAAAUUCUUAGAAAAAGGAGAGCUUGCUAAUUUCCGAUUCCAGAAGGACUUCCUAAGACCUUUUGAACAUAUCAUGAAGAGAAACAGGUCUCCUACUAUUCGAGACAUGGUUGUACGCUGUAUUGCACAGAUGGUAAAUUCCCAGGCUGCUAACAUUCGUUCUGGCUGGAAAAACAUUUUUUCAGUAUUUCAUCUGGCAGCUUCAGAUCAGGAUGAAAGUAUAGUGGAACUUGCAUUCCAGACUACAGGACACAUUGUCACAAUUGUGUUUGAGAAACACUUCCCAGCAACCAUAGAUUCUUUCCAGGAUGCAGUAAAGUGCUUGUCUGAAUUUGCCUGCAAUGCAGCAUUUCCAGAUACCAGUAUGGAAGCGAUUCGCCUCAUUCGCCACUGUGCAAAAUAUGUAUCUGACAGACCUCAGGCGUUUAAGGAAUACACAAGUGAUGAUAUGAAUGUAGCUCCCGAAGACAGAGUGUGGGUGCGAGGAUGGUUCCCAAUUCUGUUUGAGUUGUCGUGUAUCAUCAAUAGAUGCAAAUUAGAUGUAAGAACCAGGGGCUUAACAGUAAUGUUUGAAAUAAUGAAGACAUAUGGCCAUACUUAUGAAAAACACUGGUGGCAAGAUUUGUUUCGGAUUGUCUUCAGGAUAUUUGACAACAUGAAACUGCCAGAACAGCAGACUGAGAAAGCUGAAUGGAUGACAACUACUUGCAACCACGCACUUUAUGCAAUAUGUGAUGUAUUCACACAGUAUUUAGAAGUACUUAGUGAUGUUCUUUUGGACGAUAUAUUUGCACAGCUGUACUGGUGUGUGCAGCAAGACAAUGAACAACUGGCACGGUCUGGUACAAACUGUUUGGAGAAUGUUGUCAUCCUGAAUGGUGAAAAGUUUACCCUAGAAAUCUGGGAUAAAACUUGUACUUGCAUGCUGGAUAUUUUCAAGACUACAAUCCCUCACGCGCUGCUGACUUGGCGACCAGUCAGUGGGGAGUUUGGCUCUGUGUCUCCCUCUGAUGCAAAGGAAAAACUGGAUACCAUCUCACAGAAGUCAGUAGAUAUUCAUGAUUCUAUUCAGCCUAGAUCUUCAGAUGGAAGGCCAUAUCAGCCCAACACAGGGUCCACAGUAGGUGAAGAAAUGAGUAAAACCAGGCCAACAGCAAAAUUUCCAGAACAGAAGUUAUUUGCUGCUCUUUUAAUCAAAUGUGUUGUACAACUGGAACUCAUUCAGACUAUCGACAACAUUGUGUUCUUCCCAGCAACUAGCAAAAAAGAGGAUGCGGAGAAUCUAGCAGCAGCACAAAGAGAUGCAGUAGACUUUGAUGUCCAUGUGGAUACACAAGAUCAAGGGAUGUAUCGUUUUCUAACGUCACAGCAGCUUUUCAAACUCCUCGAUUGUCUGUUGGAAUCUCACCGAUUUGCUAAAGCAUUUAACUCCAACAAUGAACAGAGAACUGCUCUCUGGAAAGCAGGUUUUAAAGGCAAAUCAAAGCCUAAUCUUCUGAAACAGGAGACUAGCAGUCUUGCCUGUGGGCUGCGCAUUCUGUUCCGUAUGUACAUGGAUGAAAGCCGUACCAGUGCAUGGGAGGAAGUCCAGCAAAGGCUACUCAAUGUCUGCAGCGAGGCUCUGAGUUACUUCCUCACUCUGACUUCAGAAAGUCAUCGGGAAGCCUGGACUAAUCUCUUACUCUUAUUUUUGACUAAAGUCCUGAAGAUAAGUGAUGAAAGGUUCAAGGCUCAUGCCUCAUUCUACUACCCUCUGUUGUGUGAAAUUAUGCAGUUUGACCUUAUUCCUGAACUUCGAGCUGUUCUACGGAGGUUUUUCCUGCGGAUUGGUGUGGUUUUCCAGAUAUCCCAACCACCAGAACAGGAGUCUGGACUAAGCAAGCAGUAGCAGAUAGUGACUGAGUAUUGCUCUGUUAAAAAGUUUCUAUUCCUCAGCUAAAUAAAAGGACCUGGUAGCUGAGCCAUUCUGUCUGGAUAUCCAUAAAAAUGAUUUCUUUGUCUGGCAACGUGUAUCCAAGGGUUAACGGUACAGAUGCUUACAACUGUAAUUAAGGCUUGCAACACUCCAGUCCCUUUAUUUCCUGACGGAUUAUCUCUGUGGGUUUCUCUUACCUGGCUCAUGCUGAGCACAGAGCCAGUUUUUAGCACAGUCCUCCUGUCAGCAUGGGCUGCAGUAUCCUUUACUGUCCUAGACAGCAGUAUAGCAACAGAUGUUUAUGGCGGGUGUGAAAGUAAAAUGUACCCAAAGAACUAUAUAUGUAAAGGUUUGAGCUUCUGCAAGAAGUACAACUCAGGAGAGCUGUAUUUUGAAGGAUAAAAUGUUUAUAGUGAAAAGCAAAUGGAGAUUAUUGUUCAUGGUAAAAGAUAUUUAGCAACUAUGUCUGAUAUUCUUAUUCUAAGAUUUUUGCACACUCAGGCUGUCUGAGACAUUGUGAAUCAUCCUUCUGUGAAAAAUGUACAGAGAUGCAGGUCUGUAAUAUAAACUCUUUAACACUAUCCAGUUCUUCCUGGAUUGUUUUAUUUCUGUAUUCUUGAUUUGCUGAAAACCCAUAACACUUCAUUGUUUACCAAAUGCACUAGAAGUUUGGGUUUAUUUUUUUGGGUUGUGAUUUUUUUCUUUUCUUUCUUUCUUCCUUUCUUUUUUCUUCCUUCUUUUUUGGUUUCGUUGUAGCCCAGAAGUUGGUGUUGCUGACUUUUGUCAAGAACAGAGGUAGAAAUAUCACAACUGACAUAACUACCUGUAAUAUACAUGUUUUAGGGCUUUUAACUAUAACGAGCCAUUGAAAUGAUGAUCCUUCAAGGACUGGAACUUGAAUCACUGCAAACAAGUCUAGGUUGUGUCUGCUGUCAGAUGUUUUUUGUUUGAUGUAGAUUUCACUCUUAUGUACAGAAUUUAAUGUUGAAUAUAUUCAAGUAACAAAUCUGGCAUGGUUUGGGGAUGGUUAAAUUUAUUGGAAAUGUAUUCAUACUGUGAAUUGUGCUCUGAUGGUUGAAAGACAAGAUUGUCAAGCAUUCUGUAUUACAAUGGAUGUAGAAAUUUUUUUCAGAUGGACAAAAUGUAUAUGGUACAGAUAUGUAAAGUUUUCUAUGUAAAAAAAAUUCUGUACAACUUUCUGUACAAUAUUUGGUUCUCAUCUGGCAUAUUCUAAUCAGGUUAUAGGUCAGUAAAGUUUUUGAACUCUUUCAUCAGUGCAAUCAAAA